UCAAGCAAAGCCAAGGAGAAGAAGCAAAAGCGCCUGGAGGAGCGAGCAGCCAUGGAUGCUGUUUGUGCCAAGGUGGAAGCUGCCAACAAACUCCAAGAUCCCCUCGAAGCUUUCCCAGUUUUUAAGAAAUACGACAGGAAUGGGUUGAACGUGGCCAUCGAGUGCAAACGUGUCUCUGGGCUGGAGCCCAGCACCCUGGAAUGGGCCUUCCAGCUGACCAAGGCCAACAUGCAGACCCUGUAUGAGCAGAGCGAGUGGGGCUGGAAGGAGCGGGAGAAGCGGGAGGAGCUGCGGGAUGAACGGGCCUGGUACCUCCUGGCCCUGGAGCCUGGGAAGGGCCCCGUGGCCUUUUCCCAC